AUAAAAAACAACCUACAGCUCCUUUCUCAACCAUGACUCUGAUCAUCAGGUGCAGUCAACACAGCUGAUCCUUAUGGAGCAGCCACACCCACAAUGUAGCUUCUAUACCUUCACCAGUUUGCACCUCAAUGCAGGAGAGAGCAGUAAUCCACCAGGAUGGAAAUCACAAAGGAAAAUAUGACACUGAUGGAGAUGCUUGAGAAAAUAGCUGAGCUGGAUUACGGGCAGAGCCAGCUGAAGGAGCUGAACACCACGAUGAGGCACUGGCUGGAUGUUGCAGAUGAUGAAAUGGCGACACUGCGCUCAGAGAACGUCGCCCUCAGAAAACAAGUGAAAGUCCUUGAGCAGCUCAUCAGUCAAGCACAUGAAGUUGAAGCAGAACCUUGCAGGUUCCUCCUUACCGACGACCUUGUUGUUAAAAGAUGCAGUGAAAAACAGAUUCAGAAAAUGGAGGAGGAAUCCACCAAGAUGAAGGAAGAAAAUAAGAAACUAAACACAGAGCUGAAGAACCUUCAGCAAGAGAGAGAGCAGGACAUGAACAGCCUGAGCAAGUUCAAGGCUGCGCUUAAAACCAUUGAGAUUGAAAUGGAGGAGGCUAAUGUCAGAUUGCAGCAGAGGGAUGAAAACCUUCAUCAGAAACACUUAGAACUGAAGCACUUGAAGGAAACCGUAGAAGAGUUUUCCAUCAUAAUAAAGGAUCUCAGGCAGACAAAUCAGGAACUGAGAGAGCAGUGGGAGGACCGCCAGGAUGAGGCCUUACUCUCUGCUCUGGGUGACCUGACGGAAGAAACUGAUGGAUCGCCCAGUCCCCCUCUGUCCUUCUUUGAAGAGAUUAAGCUGCUGUCCUCUUUAGACGAAGUGAAAACAAGCACAACAGACUCCACACAUCUAAGACACAAAGAAACUGACACAGAGGACUUGAUGAACCAUCAUAGUCUCACAGAAGAUCUUCAGACCAAAAAGGAAUUCAGACGGACAGGAUCCUUACAAACAGCCGUCCAGAGAGCAGGCCUCCUCCUGAUGUGCAUCUUCUUUCUCCUGGUUUUGGUCUGUGUGACGUCAGCAAGCAUCUCAGGAAACAGCGAUUUAUUUCCUAUCAACACUUUCUGGACUGGUGCACGUAUGAUAUUACCGCCCUACUGCAGUGUGCGCUAUGCUGGCGCACCUCCUGUUUGAUUGAAAAAUCUUAACCUCUCAUAAAGUGACAUCCACUCAUCUGCAUCAAUGUGGGUUGCUUUUGUAACUUGUGUUUUCGACACAAAUCCUAAGGCUUUAUAGCUAAUAUUUGAAUUGCUUCAAAAAUACAACAUUAACUAGAAUGGUACUCAGCAGAGCCAACAGUCCUGUUAAUACGCCUAAUGUUUUCAUUAAGAUCCAGGUAAUUAUCUGGAAAAACUUUUUUUUAUAUAUAAAAAUGCUCUAUCUCACAAUUAUAA